GGUAGCUCGUCGACCAUUCAAUUUCAUUCAAUCAGUCAUUUCUCAGUUGUCAUUCCUCUCUGUCUUGUUUCUCGUGUCCGUUCGUUACAGUGUUGUUUUGUUUCUAGUUUAAAACUAUGUUUUGUCAUGUCUAAUUUAAUUGGUUUACAUUUUAUUAAUCCUUAAAAUUGUGUCUUAUUUAAUAUUUCACCAGUGAUAAAUAUAAUAAUUGUGAUAACGACGCGAGCUAUAUUAAUAUUCAAUCGAUGCAAUUUAUUAUACCGCUGGUAGUGAAUGAUCCAGGUUGAUCUUGAUCUCUAAAAGUGACUAAAAGCCAACGAGUGCUAUAGUUUAUCGGUUUCUGUUCAAAGUGCAAAUGACAGUGUGGUGAGUUGCCUUAAUGCGGGACUUGGACGUCGAAAUUUAAAGGAACUUCAAUGGAUUUCUAACAGUUGCUUUGCACUGGGGGGAGCCACGCAAGAUGAUGGUGGAAACCAUCCUGGAGUCCUCACAGGACUUUGGCAUGUCGAACGGUUCGUUGCCACAAUGGAAACGCGAGCUGCUGCAGCGGCGCGCGGCACGCUCGCGGCCCGCGCCCUGCGCUGCGCCCGCGCAGCCGCCACCGCCCGCCCCCGCCGACACCAGCACCGACGACGACGAGGAGCUGCGCUACGGGCCCGGCAUCGUCAAGCGGCUCAAGUCGCGCUACCUGAGCCUCGCGCUGCGCGACGCGCCCCGCCGCCGGCCGUCCGUGCUGCGCCGCGCCACCUCGCUCGAGCACCUGCUCGACGAGCGCCCUCCGCCGGCCCCGCGGCCGCCCAGCUCGCGACCCCCGCGACCCGCCUCGGUGGCCGCACCGCCGGCGAUUAUCGGGACAACUCGCCGUGAUUUCGUUAAGCGCGCUCGCUCCGUCGACGCGUUGAGCCGUCUCGAUACUCGGGAAGAACUGCAUCCUCCGUCUCCAUCUCCCCCGCCGCCAUUCGUGACCCAGCCCGCUGCGCCGCCACCGGUGUCGCCGCCGGUUGCACCCCCUCCGCCCUCCCCUCGCCCGCCUCUUUCCCGCUCCGCGCGACCCCCACGUCGCCCGACGCCGCUGCUUCGUGAAACCGAACGACCGCCACCCGAUGUUGUUCGUUCUACCCUGAGAAAAUUCGAGAGCGCACCGACGCGACGAGCGGCACCGGCCGCUAGAGUAUCGGCCGUUCUUCGAGGACUCGAGACCGCUCCGCGCACCUCGACUCCCGAGCCGCGAGACCCGGCCGUCGACUGUCGGUCACCGAGCCCCGCCGUCGGUGACGUAUCGGCCAUAGACGAAACGGAAGGUGCAGCGGUGUCCGCGGAGGCGAGACCCGUGUCGCGCGCAGCCCUCGAGGGCAUCGCACGCGCAGGUUCGUCGAUGCGAUUCUCCUUCGAGAUGCCACACAGAGGAUCACAUCUUCCACCCCUAGCAGCGGCCAAUCCGGUACUCAUAGGACGUGCGAGACGCGUCGGAGUAAUACGUCCCAUGCCCGCCCCGACGCUCUCUCGCGCCACCUCGACACCCACUCCGCCGCCACUGCUCGCCGACGUCGACGAAAAAGUAGCGGAGGUAGCUCCGCGAAUAGCGACCCCGCCGCCUCUGGAGAACGAGCCCGCGCUUUCCGCGCGGCCCGAACGCCGCGAACCGCCACCCUCGGCCGUCGUGGAACCUAUUGUCCGUGCACUGCCGGAGGAGCGCGCAUCUACCGACACCGGUCGCGAAGCGUCUCCGCGCCCGCCUGCGACCCGAGAUGCGACCCCAGAACCCACCGAAACGAGACCAAUAGUGAUCGAAAUAAACAACGUGAAACCCAUUACGAACGGCCACACGGACUCCUGCAAGUCGAAAUCAGAAGGUGCGCUAUCGCGUCUCGGCGGAGCGGGGAUCGAACGUGCAUGGAACGGCACUCCAGAAAAAAAUAGUAGUGGAGAACAAAAAGAAAAGAAAUGCUUGAGUGAAACAAAAAGCGGAGUCCCGUGGGUGCGCGAGGCCGGCGGCGGCGGCGGCAGCCCGCUGGCGGCUCGGCGGCCGCGGGCGCCACCGCCCGCCGCCACCUCCAUCGUGUUCAACUUCUCCAACCGCAAGGAGGUGCCCGACUACAUUGAGAAUGACGGCAUCAUACUCCGCGCUAGCAAGAAGGACAGGAUAAAGGCUGGCGAGCCGGGCGUGGUGGUGCUGGACCCGGCGGCACUGGCGCGCUCCGAUUCGUCCGACGAAGGGGAGGAGGAGGAAUGCGGGCCGCCGUCACCGUGCGGCGUGCGCUUCGUCAACGACAACGUGCUCAUCAACGGCCGCUCCUCCAUGCACCACAAACACAACCGGGAGCGCAUCGGCAAGCUGAAGCUGCAGUUCGACGACUCGUUAACGCGCACGUUCGAGUACCCGUCGGAGACGUCGCUGUGCGAGGACUCGCCCGCCGACGAGCACGCGCCCGCUCCCGCCUCCGCGCCCGCGCCCGCCGCACACAAGCUGCCGCAGCAAGCGCAGCUCGCUGCCAACACGCAUAUAGCGUCGGCGUCCCUGGCGCGGUACACGCCCAGCAAGACGCUGGCCGCCGCCUUCCAGCUGGGCGUCACGCGCCGCGCCGCACACGGCCUCGCCAAUGAUGCAUCGUCAGGAGAGGCUAAGGUGACCAACGGAGCGGAGGCGGAGGCGGCGGCGGCGGCGGGCGACGCGCGGCCGUGCGGCGCGGACGCGGCUCGUUCGUGGAGCGACGCGCGCGCCGCCGCCACCGACCUGCUGUUCUAGCGACCUGCUGCGCACGCGCACGCGCCACCAGGUCUCGCCCUCUCCGCACCGCUGAAGCCGCAAUUUUCAAGUGAAACUCUACAUUUUCGAAAGCAUUUACACGACCAGAUGUAUUUUUGAUAGCCUGCCGUAUUACCGUAUGUAUGUAUGUAUUAGGCCGGAGCGUACUUGUGAACCUGUUUAGAUUACGGUAGUCGCUCCUCGUGCUCACUGCCAUGUAAACGUAUAUUUAGACAUGUUAAGUGCUGUAAUGAAACAAUGCUCAACUACUGUCCACUCACAUCGGAACAGGGGUUUUCAAAGUGGCGGGGCCAUUGACCCGCGCGCCCCGUUUGUCUGCGUACGCCCCAGAUUGACAUAACAGCAACGUAACUCUUAUAUUUGAUCAUGUGACCACGUAAUAUAUUUUUAUUACAUCUAUUAUGAAAUUGUUGACUGUAAAAGUCAAUCGGAUGGCUCUAAAAUUAAGAUAAAAACGUUUAUAUAAUUUAUUAGUGCAAAUAAAUUAAUAUAUUUAUAUAUUUUUAAUUGACUGAGUAUGUAAUACUCGAAAAUAUUAAUUGUGACGAGGAGGGCAUGAAAUGCUUUGUUUUAAGGCUUUUUUUUUAUCAGGGGCCCGAUAGGCUAAACUUUGAGAACCCUUGCAUAGGAAGGGUGGAGUGGUCGGGAACGCGUUUCCCCCUGUAUUGGAUAUAUGUGGGACUGAGUGACGAACUCGACUGACUAGCAGGUAGGUAGCGGGUUAAGGUUUUGAUACUUUUAAUGACGAUUUAUAUGGAAUAUUAAUGCAAACUUGACAAAUGUCGCGGCAGACACGCCACUGUGACUGGUGACUGCCACUAUAUACUGUAAACUCAUUCCUAUUGUAUCAUUCCUAGUUGUCUAUGAUAUGUUACCGUUGAGAUUGCACUAGGAAAUAAAGAAGCUGAAUGUUCAAUGAAAUUCAAUGGUACUGCUCAUGUGUAUAGGCGACGGUUAUCACUUUCCAUCAGGUGGGCCGUCAGCUUGUUUGCCAUUCUAAGUAGUAUAAAAAAAAACGUGCAAUUAUUCGACAAAUGUUUUUUUUUUUUAAUGGAUGAUAAUGAAAUGAUAACCCCGCCUGCGCUAUCAGUAUACGUUGACGGGGCACCAGUGAGGGGUGAUAGGUGAGGGUGAAGCCGGUCAGUUAGCCCAUCGUAACAAAUUCGUCAAUAUAUCAAUGGUUUCCAGGAGGAACCGCGAGGAGGUCGACCUGACAGGGUAUAUUGCUAGUAAUAGGGGUGCUAAUCCCCAUUACUAACAAUCCCUUUUCCCCCUCGUCAAAUGUUACAGUAGGUAUCUAUUGACAUAAUAUUGUUUAAGUGGCCAUUUGAAGCGUGCUGGACACAGCGGCCAACAAUCAAAGACGUGGCCUUAACAGACUUUUUAAACCUUCUUUGCAUAACGGUGGAAAUUUCCAUCAUAACAUUGAAUGCCCAAAAAUUAUAUAAAAGAACAUGUUCACUUUAAGUAGAUCGUGUUUGGAUGUCUUUUUAAUGUCCAUUGUAUAAAAAAAAAACAUAGCUGUCAAAUUUAUUUUUUUAACCAUUUUUCGUUUCAUUUUGAACAUGAAUUAUAUCACCUUGAUUUAUUUCACCAAUAAAAAAAAUCAUGCAAAGAAGCGUUAAUAAAUAAUUACGUAUACUGUGACGCCGAUAGUCUCUUGUCGUGUACCGUCGCUCCCAAGCGGUGACAAUUACUUAACAGCACUCCGCCACACAGCACACACUCAGUUGUAACUUCCUGGUGCAAUCUUAACCGGAAAAGUCUGUAAAGGACAAAAUGUCCGUUGAUUUUGUCUACGAACAGAGUUGCCUUUAUUGCUGACAAUUUUAUACAUGUAAAUAUAAAUGGUUAGCACUCCAGUAGGUAUAAGAAAGUAGCGACCGAUCGACGGAACUCGCGGGCGUAACAUAUACUGUAAGAAUGGAUAAUAUAUAGUUACAAUAUCUAUACAUAUAUUGGCCCAAUAACAGAUAUAUUACAUAUCGGUUAUCGAAUAUACAUGGAGAAGAACCUAUUUAUAAUGAAUAAUAGACUGUAUUGUACAGUGCCAAGUUGAAAUGUUUGCUCGGCGAAUAUACUAGUCCGCAUACGUGUCGCCGCGUCCACAUUACCGUAUCAGCAGGUUGGUAGCAGAAUGCAACAUUCUGCACAAAUACCACCACGCGGCGACACGUGUGUGUAGACGCUGCAGUUAAAGUUAAAAUUUCAAUUUGACAUUACAGUGAAAUAAUUGUGUUAAAAAAACAGUAUAAAUUAAAUUUUUUAAUACAACUGUAUCGGAACUUUUCUACAAUCGAUUGUCUAUGGUCCACAGCGUAAUAGUUUUGGUAAACAAUUAAAAAUGUAAUUUUAGAGAUAAGGUUUUAACAAAGGUAUUCGUACCGCAGCAUCGACCCCACUGUUUGUUAAUUCGUCUGUCCAUAUUAAACAAUAUCCAAUUUGAAACUGACCCACAAUGCACGUUAGACUUUGUUAAUAAGGACAGGCGAGUUGUGCCUUGCGUGCGUGCGUCCGGCGGCACUAGUGUCCGAGCCACGAACUGUCCGGUCCAUCGCCUCACUACUAACUGUUUGUACUAACCCGACGCUCAGUUAUUCCAAAUGACAUUAGAAAUAAGUUAUUAAUAUUAAAAAAAAUACUCAUUUUUAUAUAUUAAGAAAAAAUCAAGUUAUAUGCUUAAGCCCAGAAAAGAAGCAGGCACAAAAUUAUUGCAAGAAUAUGGGAAUAUACGGAGAAUUAAUAUUUGACAUAAAAUUUGUUUACUUAAACUUGUACACCUAUAAAUUUGAAAUAUACAAGUACUGUCCCACAGUAACAACAUGGCAGUUCUCUCACAGUACAAAUUAAAAUUUGCCUUUUUAACCCUUCUUUGUACAAUGAUAGAAAUUUCCAUCAUAACAUUUAAUGCCCAAAAAUUAUAUAAAAAAACCAAUUCACUUUAAGUUGAUCGUGUCUGGAUAUGUUUUUAAUGUCCAUUGCAUAAAUAAAAAAAAAUCAUAGCUGUCAAAUUUUUUUUUUUAAUAAUUAUUCCUUUAAUUUUAAAUAUGAAUUAUAUCACCUUGAUUUAUUUCACCAAUAGAAAAAAUCAUGCAAAGAAAGGUUAAAUACUGUUACAUAUAUAGUUAAGUUAGUAAAAACUAAUAUUAUUAAUAAUUACUUAAGUCCAUGCAAGCUAGUACUCACUUGUUAUAAGGUACUUUUUCAAUUGAAGCAGGUACUGUGUGUGUGUACAAGUAUAAAUCGUGUCUGCUGUACCGUGCCGUGCCAUACCGAUGUCGUGCUGCGGUUAACUAUAUAAACUGCCAUACACUCAAUACAAGUUACAAACAUUCCAAUUGCAAUUUGACACAAUUUAUACAGGAAUUAGAAUCAUAAAAUGGCUAAUGUUUUUUGUUGCAUUUACUCUUUUACUUCAGUAAAUAAUUAUUUACUGAAAGUAUGUAUUUUUUUUUAUGGGUGAUAAUAGAAUGGUUACCUCGCCAGCGCUAUCGGUAUACGCUGGCGGGGCACCAGUGAUAGAUGACUGAUGAAGAUGAAAGCAGGUCAGUUAGCCCAUCGUGACGAAUUUCACAAGAAUUAACCGCUAUGGUUUCCAGGGGGGACCAUGUGGAGGUCGACCUGAUAUAUAUAAUUUUUAAUUAACAAUAUUGAAUGUAUGAAUGUUGCUAAAAUUGAUCGACCGGACAGUUCGCGGUGAGGGUGCCGCCGCGGGCAGACGCUAGCUUCAUAACUUGCUGCGUUUUUUCUUAUAUUAUGGAGCCAAAGCUUGAAGGGGUCGGCAGCCAGCCGCGGCGCUGGUUCGCAUUUACUUUACACUAGGUUAGUUAACGUAGUUACAGUUAGUUACGGAGCUGAUUCGUUCAGGCACGCUGUAAGAGUGUCAUAUUAUAAUAUCGUUUGUAUGUAACGCUGCACGCACACAUACGGACAAACACCUAAUUAUUAUUAGAGAGGAGUGCUAUACGACAUCCUCGAACACUGACGUAUACAACAUAGAUUUUAAUGCAACAACUGCCGGUUUAACAUGGCUGUGUUUCAGUUUGUAAGGAUGGGAUAUGGCGUUUACUGGGUACGGAGGAAUAACAUUUGACUCCUCAGGAAUGGCAACGCAUGGGGGGUAUCAUGGGCGAAACGGUAUACUCUGUUAUGUCCAUGGUACUGCUCAUGUCUAAGGCGACGGUUACCACUUUCCAUCAGGCGGGCCGUCAGCUUGUUUGCCAUUCUAAGUUGUAUAAAAAAAAAACGUAAUUUGGUCGAGAAUUAAUGGAACUUAUAAUAAUAAAAAUACCAAUGUUUUUUUUUAUUUAUUUUCAAAGUAUUUGCUGUAUUGACAUUUGCCAAAAUAAAUAGUUUAACUAAAAUUGUUUGCCACGAACUAUACAUACGUUGUUAUUAUGACGAAAUAGUUUUUUUUUCUACUUUUUAUAAGAUUUACGCCAUAGACGGCGCAUGUACUUGUGAUAUACUGUAAUACGAUGGUGUGGUGCGUGUGUGUGCGUGCCGCGACGGCCGCCCGGCCAACACUUGCCAAUGCCUAGUUUGUAUUGUACGUACUUAUGCAUAUUUUGACAUUAUGUUAGUUUAUUAUUAUUAGUAUCCGAUUUAUAAUUAUUAAAAUUAAUUACCUGUUAUUAUUGUCAUCGUGUGGUACGCGGGCUGCGAGUCGGACGCGCUGAUCUCUCCGCUCAGAAUUCACUUGUUAUUUGCUCAAUAAAUAUGUAAUGACAUACGAUUUAUAUAUUAUAUAAAUUUAUAUAUAAUAUUGUAUGUAUUGUUUGGAAAUUAUUAAAGAUGGGAACAGCUUAGCGGCGGAGCGUAGCCGACGGCAGCCGGCGACGUGGCGCCGCCUCGCAGGGCUUAGUCAUUGCGCUGCGUGAUCACAUAAACAUAGCAUUAUGUAACCUAGUUGUAUUGAUGCUACAGUGGCAAUAAAAUAUAUUGAAUCGUAACCAAA